AUGCCGAGUCAGACGUUGAAGGAGAUAAAUGCUCGCAAUCUGCGGAUAUUCAAACAUGAUUAUCUUUCUGAGAUCUCGGGCUCUUUGGGUGAUCUAGGAACCUUUCUGCCUAUUGCGAUCGCCCUCUCUGUCAACGGGACUGUAUCCUUGGCAAGCACUCUAGUCUUCUCCGGGGUGUACAACAUCUUGACCGGGUUAUUCUUUGGAAUCCCUCUUCCGGUCCAGCCUAUGAAGGCCAUUGCUGCCGUCGCUAUCGCUCGCAGUUUCUCCAACGGUUCCAUCGCUGCGGCCGGUAUUUUCGUUGGGGCGGCUGUCCUUGUUUUCAGUGUCACAGGUCUCCUGCGCUGGUUUGCACAUGUCAUUCCAAUUCCUGUAGUCAAGGGUAUCCAGGUCGGCGCAGGCUUGUCCUUGGUGAUCGCUGCUUGCACGUCCACACUGCGUCCGCUCGGGUGGGUUAGUCCGUCCUGGGCCGACAAUCGCAUCUGGGCCCUUGCAGCCUUUUUGGCGCUGAUCAUCACCAAUCUUUUCCGCAAGGUCCCCUAUGCUCUAGCAGUCUUCGUGCUUGGCCUUCUUUUUGCGAUCAUCCGCACGGCUUUGGCUGCCCACUUGCCCGGUUUCGAAAUUUGGCACCCGUACACGGUUGUUCCAACUCCCCACCAGUGGAAGGUCGGCGCCAUCGACGCAGGUAUCGGCCAGCUUCCUUUGACAACCCUCAAUUCAAUUGUAGCUGUCGUUCACCUUGCUAGUGAUCUCCUUCCGGAUGUCCGUACUCCGUCCAUCACCCACAUUGGUCUCAGUGUAGCUGGCAUGAACUUGUUGGGCUGUUGGUUCGGCGCUAUGCCUGUGUGUCAUGGCUCUGGGGGCCUUGCGGCUCAGUACCGCUUUGGUGCUCGCUCGGGGUCGAGCAUCAUCUUCUACGGGGCCCUGAAAGUCAUCAUCGGCCUCCUGUUUGGAGAGACGCUGGUCGAUCUGCUUAAGAAGUUCCCUGCUGCCUUCCUCGGAGUGAUGGUCAUUGCUGCAGGUCUUGAACUGGUCAGUGUCGGUGAAAGCUUGAAUACAUCUGGUGCUAGGGAUCUAAGCAUUGCUGGAAAUGGAGUAUUGGGCAACGCCGAACAGCAUCUUACCUCUGGACCUAGUGAAGAAGAGCGUAAGCGUCGGUGGACUGUCAUGAUGGUAACUGUGGGUCUGUUAGUCGGGUUCAAGAACGAUGCUGUCGGCUUUCUUGCGGGCAUGCUAACUCACUGGGCUUAUGAAUUACCUACUUGGUGGGAGAAGGGCCGUGCCCGCUGGUCGGAGGGUCGUCUUCGUCUGCGCUAA